AUGACAUCCUCGAAAGCCAGCCACCACCACCACCACCACCACCACCAGCAGCUGGUCCUGGGCUACGACACCACCCACCCCUUCUCGAGCAUCGACAUCGGCACCCGGGAGUCGGUGCAAGCGCUGCUGAAGACCGUGCUGGACCCGCUGCUGGGGCACUUCUCGCCGCUGAAGGCGCGGGUCCGGGUGCCUGGGGGGACGGCGGUGCGGUUCGACCAGGCGGCGGCGGAGGUCGAGGGCGUGUGGAGGCCGGCGUGGGGGCUGGCUGCGUUGCUGGCGGGUGGGGGGACGUAUGAGGGGACGGAGUUCUGGGUGGAGGCUGUCAAGCAAGGCACGAAUCCUGACAGUCCCGAGUACUGGGGUGAUCCAAGGGAUAAUGAUCAGAGGAUGGUCGAGAUGUGCCCGAUGGGCUUCACUCUGGCUGUGGCGCCUGUCUUCUGGGAGAGCCUGAGUGAGAAGGAGAGGCGCAACGUGGAGAAUUGGUUGGGGAACAGUAUCAAUGAGAAGAACAUGCCGAAUACCAAUUGGCUCUGGUUCCGGGUGUUUGCCAACCUCGGACUGAAGAAAAAUGGCGGCAAGUAUUCCCAGGAAAAGAUCGAGCAGGAUAUCAUCCACCUGAAUUCGUUCUACCGCGGAGAAGGCUGGUCCAACGACGGGCCAGUUGGGGUUUGGCAACAGGACUACUACAGUGGAAGCUUCGCCAUCCAGUUCCUACAGCUCCUCUACGCGAAGUUGGCCGGUGAAGAUGACCCGGCCAAAGCUGCUGAGUUCAAGAAGAGAGCGCAACAUUACGCCUUGGACUUCAUUCAUUAUUUUGACGAGGAGGGCAGAGCGACGCCCUUUGGCCGCAGCGUUGGCUAUCGAUUUGCCAUGGCUUCGUUCUGGGGCGCCCUCGCGUAUGCAGAUGUCGAACUUCCAGCACCUCUCACAUGGGGCAUGGUGAAGGGUCUUCUUCUCCGAAAUCUCCGGUACUGGCAGACGCAGCCCGACAUCUGGAGCGCCACGGGUACACUGACUGUUGGGUAUGCCUUCCCCAACAUGUACAUGGCCGAAAACUACAACUCGCCGCAGAGUCCGAUGUGGGCCUGUCUUGCAUUCAUAUGUUUGGCUGUCCCUCAGGACCAUCCAUUCUGGACGUCGGCGGAAGAGCCCUAUCCUUCUGACCUGCUACCCAAGGUCAAGGCGCUGAAACACCCUGGACACAUCAUCAGCUAUCUGGGAGGACAUCGCAUGAUUCUCUCGUCCGGCCAGGCGUGCAGCUACCCGAUGAAGGGAACUCAUGCAAAAUACGGCGCCUUCGCAUACAGCAGCGCGUAUGGCUACUCCGUACCCACGGGAUGUUACACCCUCGAGCAAUUCGCGCUCGCGUCACAACUGGGACUCUCUGACGACGGCGGCGACAUCUGGAAGACCCGUCGCGUCUGCGAAGAAGCGGUCAUCGAAACGCACGAGGAGCAGCCCGUCCUGAGAUCGAUCUGGAGGCCGUUUCCCGACGUCCGGAUCACGACCUACCUCCUCCCGCCCGUCGAAGCAACUCCGAACUGGCAUCUCCGCGUCCACCAGAUCGAGGCCGGGCGCGAAGUCAUGACCGCCGACGGCGCAUUCGCCAUCUACAACGCAACCGCGCCCCACGGCCGAUACCUCGGCCUCUACCACCCCCAGACCCACGAGGGCACGCUGCCCCGGAUCAUUGGCAACUACGAUCUCCACACCCCCGAGGGAAGCUCGCCGGGCGCGGUGGGUGCGUUUGCCGUCUCGAAGGGGGCGGUGGGCAUCGUGGCGCUGGAAGCCUCGGACACGGGCCGGACGGCGAUGCACGUCAAUGCUGAUCCGAACUCGAACCUUGUGGAGAGCCGGACGGUCAUCCCCACGCUGCAGCACACGAUCGCGAAGGGCGAGACGGUCUGGUACGUGACGGCGAUCUACGCGAAGCCGUCCGGGGCGACGGUGCGGCGGUCGAGCUAUCUCGAUGGGUGGGAGAGCAAGCCGGUGGUUCCCAAGUGGCUUGCGGAUGAGAUGUCGCGAUAG